CAGCCGGGAGGUCCGGGCUCCCGUCUGUCAUGAGGUUGCAGUCAUCUGCUGCUUGACUGGGGAGGAUUCGCCCCCCAGCUCACUCUCAGGGUUGCAGCGAGACCUCGGUUCCUUCCCACGUGGACUUGGCCAUCAGCUGCCUGAGUGUGCUCACAAGACGGCAGCGAGCCAUCCCAGAGAGAGAGAGAUUGAGACCACAGUAGAAGCAGUGCGUUCUGCCUCGUCUCAGGGAUGGUCGCGGGGACGAACGCUGAAACCCUGUGGCGGGGGACUGGACACGGGGGGAGUCCCAGGAGCUGGGAGGCAGUAGGGCCUGUGGAGGCUGGCCGCCACACCUGUUCCGAGAGGGGCUUUCAAGGAAGGAACGCAGUGAAGUCGUUAGGAAGGGAAUCUGAGGUUUAAAGGGCACAGCCCUGCUCACUUUUUUCUUUUAACCAAGACUCCUUUCCUUUUAACUUUCCCUUCUUUCCACUGCCCCUUAUAGUGCAGAUUAUGAUACACACCGGCCUCUGCCUGCAGCGGCUUCCUCCUCCCAGUAGACGGGGAAUCUCACACAGCUCAAAACCGAAAAAAAGAGGCCAGUAUUAUUAAUAAGGGCUCCCAGACUUGCUGUCUCGUUUCGUUUAAACCUGAGGCAUGUGGGUGCUGCUUCUUUCCUGGGUGGAUAUAAAUACAGAGCUUGGUUAUUAUUGGAACCAUUCUAGAAGAGAGAAAAUUGCCAGGAACCUGGGUGGCUUAGGGAACUGAAUUUUCUGGUUGCUGCGGUUUCCAAGGGAGCUCUUCCAGAUCCGUUUGCCAGUUAAGUGUCCCGUGGAGACGAUCUUCUGCCUUCCGGAGCUUAACUGACUCGCCCUGGGAUGGCUUAGCUGGCAGGUCCCGGCAGCGGCCCAGGGCAGAGAGUGUGUGUCAUCGAUGAGAUUGGGAAAAUGGAGCUCUUCAGUCAGCCUUUCAUCCAGGCUGUCCGCCAGACGCUGUCCACGCCGGGGACCGUCGUCCUGGGCACAAUCCCGGUGCCUAAAGGGAAGCCGCUGGCCCUCGUGGAAGAGAUAAGAAACAGGAACGACGUUCAGGUGUUCAGUAUGCUGUCUUGCGCCGUGCCACCCUUCUGUCGGCGAGAGCCGCGUCUCCGCCGGGCUCUGCCCAUACCUGCUCUCCCCACCCCCACCCCCCGUUUCAACCCAGGCCCUGCGAGGGCCCCGGAACAAGGAGGCUGGCAGGGCCGCCCCACCAGCCAGAACGGGAGGCAAGCUCCGGCUGCCAGGUACCACGAGCGCCGGAUGUCGCUGGCUGCCGUGCCUCCGCCGUGGCCCGCCGGUCCUAGCGGGCCGUCCGCGUGCCGUCACCACAGUCUCCAGGGGUACUGUGGGGGCAGGAGACACAUGUCAGGGUCAGAGCAGCCAGACUUGGAAAACUUGGUGCAGUCCUUGCUCCUUUCCUUCAUUUAGUAAGUGUCGACCGGGUUCCACUGUGAGCGAGGUUGCGAUGCUGAACAAGACCACGUCCCCGCCCCCCGGAGUGGACUUGCUGAGGGGGGGGGCCGGACCGCAGCAGCGCGGGCACACAGCUCAGCCAUGCGGAUGUUGCUAAGUGUGGAGAAGAUAGGCAGGUUGGCGCGGUCGUUGGGCUGGAGGUGGCUGGGGAGACGGGUCCAGCCAGGGAGCCUCUCGGAGGAGCUCACGGGUGAGCGGGCGGCCCCGAGAGGCCACGUGCUCGGCGACAUCUGUGAAGUUGGGGCCCUCGUCUUCAGUUUCGUGCUGUUCUUUUUCUCUGUCUCUUACUUUACGUGGCCUCCAAGUGAGUUCGUGGUUGUGUUUCUAAAGUUCCUGUGGAAAUAGAGGCAGUGAACAGUGAGAGAUGACGAAAGACGAGUGGUUCUCAGGCCAGGCGGCUUCCAGGCGGGAGGUGGGGAGUGGCAGGUCCAGAGACUGGCCGUCUGCAGACCAGCACGGUCUACGAGCCGUGAGUGGGAUCAGGGGAGUUGGCCCUGAUGUCCAGAGGAGAACAUCGUGUCUUAAAAUAAUACCACAUCUUCUCCUCUAAAACUGGAAAUUAUUCUCUGGGCAAAGUGAUCAUUGCUCCUAAUGAUGUGAAAAUAAAAUGAUUGGCUUUUGGUUAA